CCAAAACGAGCAAAGUAAAUAUUUUUUAAAAAAGGAAAAAGAGUGAAGAGUUGUGUUUUUUUUUUUUUCCCAUUAUCAAAGUAACAUCAUAGAACAAUGAGAACAAUUGUGAAAAAUGAAAGAAGAAAGGUACUUCUACACUCCAGAGAUGACAGCCCUUGCUCUUUGUUCUAAUUUCACACUAGCACUGAGUCUGCUCCAGGACGAGUGGUGACAUUUUGUUCUUUGGUUUUCCACUAGCAUUAUGACAGAUACUUCCUUCAUGCCCUUAUAUAUUGUGUGCACCCACCCAUACCAGCUGCGUCUUAAUCCGGGGUACAUUCUAUACCUUAUGGGUCAUGUCUCUGUUGUGGAACGUGAAGUGGGUUGGCCAGGAGCCCCUACAAACAGUUUCACACAUUUGGCCUCAUUCCUCUUGCGCCGAGAAACUCGAAGCCCAUUUUCCUGGGAGUAACCCAUGCUGCGGGGUGAGAGGAGGCAGUGAGAUCGCCGGGCUCGGGGAGGGCGCGUGGGUCCCAAGGUGGGGGCGGGGGCGCGUGGCGCCACCGUUCGUGGCCAGGCCGGGCUCCGAGAUGGCCUCCCAGUCCCCGGGUACUCCUGGCUACUCAAAAAAAUCCAGCGAGGAUGGGAAGGAGACGCCCCAGAAAAGUAACUUGCCGCUCUCCUUGCUCCACAUCCACAACGUUACGCAUCGCCGGCCCAGCAAUCUGCCCUGGGUAGAUGUGGUCAGGGCCUGUGGCCGCUUCCGGCUAUCGCUCUUGCAGGCACGGCGCAGCCGGCUGCUGCCCUCGCUUAACCCUCUGGCCGUAGGCGAUGAAUCGCCACCGCCCGAUACUCUUUGGAUGCCCUGGAUGCCCCAGAAGGCGUUAUGGGGUGACCAGGAGCCCCUCUCCAAGAUCCCAUUUAAAAUUAUGAGGGGACACGAGCACAUUGUGAGUUCCUGUAACUUCUGUGUGGAUGACACCAAGGUCCUCAGUGGCUCCUAUGACUGUACCGUGAAGCUGUGGGAUGCUAUGGAUGGAUCCAUUGUUCGGGAUUUUGAGCCGGUGCCCGAAGGUCCUGUUCUAGAAUGCAGCAUCACGGCUGACAGCAGAAGAAUCAUUGCAGCAUCUUAUGACAAAACAGUGAGGGCUUGGGACCUAGAAACAGGCAAGCUGCUGUGGAAGCUCAGUCAUGAAACCUUCAUAGUCUCCGCUAAGUGUUCCCCUGAUGGUAAAUACGUGGUCUUGGGCUUGGAUGUGGAUCAUGGAAUCUUUAUAAUAGAUGCGAAAGACUCCACCACCGUGUCCCGUAUCAAAGAUCAUCACAUGAUGUCGCUCACCGCCUGCUGCUUUGACCCCGACAGCCAGAGGGUGGCUUCCGUCUCGUUUGACAGGAGCAUCAAGAUCUGGGACGUGACGUCACAGACCACGCUGCUCACCAUCACCAAGGCACAUAACAAUGCCAUCUCAAACUGUUGUUUCACCUUCAGUGGCCAUUUCCUGUGUACAAGCUCCUGGGAUAAAACCUUGAAAAUAUGGAAUGUCCAUACUGGGGAGUUUCGAAACCGUGGAGCCUGUGUGACUCUGAUGCAGGGCCAUGAAGGUUGCGUGAGCUCCUGCCACUUUGCCAGAGACACCUCUUUUCUCGUGUCUGGAGGGUUCGACAAAACUGUGGCUAUUUGGGAUGUAGAAGAAGGCUACCGGAAGCUCUCCUUGAAGGGCCAUAAUGACUGGGUGAUGGAUGUUUCCAUUAGCAACAACAAGAAAUGGAUCCUCUCUGCUUCAAAGGAUAGGACUGUGAGGCUAUGGAAUAUUGAAGAAAUUGACCAAAUUCCCUUGGUAAUCGAGCACAAAAAGACCCAAGGCUUAAAGGUGAAACAGUGUGAAGAAUGUGACAGUCCUUUCUCCAUCUACGAAAGCGACAUCUUUUCUGAAACAGUCACCAAAUGUGUGCUCUGCCGGAUGAAUGAGACAGACUUGUCAACAGAGGCCUCACGCUCAUCAGGAGAGGCCUCACUGUCAAGGGAGAGCAGCCCAGAUGAGGAUGGCUGAUGGCCACAAGACCCUUUGGGUGACUUGAGCCCAGGUCACCUGUCACGUAGGCUUGGGGGCUCUGCAGAGACCUCUCUCUGGGGCCCCUCCCCAGUGGGUGGGCCCAUCAGAAUAAGGCAGGGGCCAGGCCAGGCUCUGGCUGGACUCCCACCACUGCUUGGCCUCCUCAGCUCCACAGCACCUCAGGGAUCCCUUUGUCUGUAGUUUUCAUGCAGAAUAAAUCUAGAUGCUUUUGGAAAACAGUGCGUGUGUGAAUUCUAGAAACAUUUUGGCUAUUUCUAUGUCCUGGUGUUCAUCCUGUCUCAUUUUGGGAACAUAUUCUGGUCUCUGGGUUUGCCCUGUAAAGCAGUCAUUGGGUGCUGGCACCAGUAACCCCUGAGGAAGGGUCUGUGGAAUGAAGAGGAAGCUGUGUAGCCCCCUCUGUGGAAGGGACUGUACUGUGGCCCUCUGGGUGCCUCCCUGGCUGAUGCACCCAGAUGGUCACCUGCCCAGAGCUGAGGAAGAUCUCGUUAGGCAGGUAGGUGAGGGCAUUUCCAUCACAGAAUGCUGCUUGUUUUCCACCCCAGUGUCCUCAACUUCCAGAAUGCCCAAGCAUGUGUACAGCCUCCUUCCUGCUUCCACAGCAUCGAAUACAACAUAAAUCAAUUACUGCACAAAGAGUGAAGGUUUCAGGUAAACAAGAAGGGCUCCCUUUUCCAUUCGGUAUGGCUUACAGGAGUCCCAUCAGGUUUCCCUGGUGGCUCAGAUGGUAAAGCAUCCGCCUGCGGGAGACCUGGGUUUGAUCCCUGGGUUGGGAAGAUCCCCUGGAGGAGGGCAUGGCA